GAUCGUUGAUUGGCCGCCUGUUGCGAUGAGGCAUGGCUUGCUCCAUGACAUCACCCACCCCUAUUCUGGUGCCUAGAGGGUCUGGAGCUCGGGUCUCACUUUGCUCACCUGUGAAAUGGGAGGCCGCAAGCGAGGAAGCGUUUCGUGAACCCGAAACGGGCCCUGGCCGCCGUGGGCCGCAGCUUCUUUAAGGAGCAUUGCCCCGCCCGCGGCGAAGCAUGUCCCAGGGAGGGCCCAGGGAGGCUGGACACCGGCACCAGGCGGCUUUUACCUCUUUAGAAGGUGGCGGUGAAUCCACAUUCGCAAGGAGCCGGGUCCAGAUAGAAGUGCGAAAACAUUCCGAGGCCGGAGGCAGCACGGGCCUUUUGAUGGACUUGGCAGCCAAUGAAAAGGCCGUCCAUGCAGAUUUCUUUAAUGAUUUCGAAGAUCUUUUUGAUGAUGAUGAUAUCCAGUGAAAUGAUUUCCAGCUAUGGAAACACAAGAUGUUAAUUCUUUGUUUUGUAGCAGUAGCAAAAAUACACUUUUUAUUUAAUCAAAAGAUGGUAUAUGAUCUCUAAAGAGCUUCUGGAAGUCACAAAGUUGGGACAUGGUUACCAAGACAGGAAUUAUGAAAAAAUGUUAACCAUUGGGAAGCUACUGGUAGUUAUCUUUUCAUAUCAGCUGAUUGUCCUUGUUUGAAUAAAUAUGGAAUUUUUUUACUUGCA